AAUUCACAAAGUGAACUUAAGGUUGCAUUUUAAGUUCGACCUGAAUCAAACUGAUCAGUCAUGAAAAUAACAACUAAUUUCCUCUUAUUAUUUUACGUAAGUUUAGCGAAGUGUACGAAUGUGGACAGUUAUGAAAUCAAUCGUAUUGAAUUCACUCCACUUCAUGAUGCGAUUAUACUAAACGACAUUGUCGAUAUCUUCAGCGAGUUUGAAAAUAAUAUGAGUCCUCAAUUAACUAAUCACAUGUUCAGUAACAGUGAAAGUGAAGAAGAUAUCGAAAAUCUGCUGUCCGAGUACCAACAAUAUUUAGAUAAAGCACACGAGCAGAGGAUAAAUUAUAUAAGAAGAAAUAAAAACAAAGUGCCACACAUACGACAUGAAAACUUCAAUAAAUUAAAACCAAUUGAGCGAAAUAAUUACCACGAGAACAGUAAUUUUUACUUUAAUGAUAUGAAACAUCCAGCUUUUCUGAAUACAUUUAUGCCACAUAAUUCAAACAUAAAAUUUGUAAAAAAGAAUGACAACCUAUUCGAUUUUUCGAAAAAUUUAUAUGAUGGGAAAAAAUCAGACGAUUUACCUACGAUACUUCCAGAAAAUCUAUCCAAAACAAUGAUGUCAUCGUGUUUUUGCCAAGAAAAUAUUUUUCCAUGCAAAUGUCAAUGCAAGAAAUGUUUUUAUAAUGAAUCUGCUCUUUCUAGAAAUUUUAAUAAGAUUAAUCACCUUACAAACAGUUUUUUAAAAAUUCCAAAACCCUUUGAAGAUAAUCCAAGUAAUAACUUGGACAACAAUUUAAGCCUUCGAAUAAAAAUAGACGUUCAAUUGCCGAACGCAUUAAGUAAUUUACUUAAAUAUCUAAACCAAUUUGAAAAAUAUGAAGAACAUGAAGAUACCUUUCCAAUACCAAGAGAUCCUUUAUCAACCAUCAACUUACCUUUUCCAUAUUUAAAUUAUUCAAUUCCAAUUGAUUUAAUUGGAUACAAACAGAAUAUAUUAAAGGAUAAAUCACCAAUACAUAAAAUAACUAUUCAUAAAAAGAAAAAGUUUCGUUUUGGAAAUAAUAACAAAAAACACAAAACCAAGAAAAUGUACAAUUUACAGAAUUUUAAAUUUGAACCGCAAUUGGAACGUAAUAUAACAAAUAUAACAAAAGUAGAAAAUAGUAAUAGCUCUUUUAAUAAAAAUAGUUCGUUCAACAAUAAUGAAGAUACGAACCUAAAAACAAAUGAAACUACUGAAAUGACACUCAAUCACUCUAGCGAUAAAACAACUGUAACUCACACUCCGAGAAUUGUUUUAACUCUUAAUAUAACAAAAGGCAGUUACAAUCGUUCUGAAAAUGCAUCAAAAAUAGGGAAUAGUAUUGAAGCAGACUUCGAAAUUGAAAAGGAUAAUGUGUCAAACACGAAAUUAUUGCGGUUAAAACGCGAAAUAAAUAAUAAAUCACCAAAUUAUCUUACAUUGCUUAAUAGUAAUAAGAGUAUGACAACAUCCUUUGCAAUAAAUAAUCGAUCCAUUGUUCCUGUAGUAAUAUCUUCUAAAAAACUAGAUACAGAAUCGGAGGUUGACACUGAAUUAGUAUAUUGGCCAUUGGCGAAAAAAGAUCAAUCCCUGAUACAUUCAAAGAACAUAACUGCCUUGAUUUUAGAUAGAGAAAUUAAAAAAACAAAAUUGAACAUGACAAAAGAUAAAUUAAUUAAUAACCAUACUACAGCUUUAGAAAAAGCAAUAUUUGGCGAUGUGGAUUGGAACGAUAUUGAUGCAGUUGUUCCGGCUUUCAUGUCUUUUGUGGGCAAAUAUAUAACAGGCGUAUUAACAUUUUGCUCUGAAAAUAUAUGCCACUCUAUGAAAUGCGCAAAAAAAUUAUGUUUACAUAGAAUUUGUACACCAGAUAACCGGUACAAUAGUAAAGGUCAUUGUGCAGGCAACAACUACACUGAUAGCGUAGCCACUAUGGAGUCUAUAAUGGAUUUACCGUCAAAUAUAGCUUUUGAAGUUGUUGAUAUAUUAGAGGAGAAAAUGUUAGGAAAGUUAUUCGGAAAAGGAACGCUUUGUAUUCAUUCAAAAUGUAGCGCUUUUGCAGCAUUUAAGAAAACAUUUAAAAAGGCCAAAUGCACAUUUAAAGAACUUAAUAUAGCAGGUCAUUGUCCUAAUUUAAAAAAUAUUAAAAUUAUAUAAUAAAAAAGUUACGUAACCUAUUAUCAAACAAGCCGCGGCGUAAACGUUUGGUGUUUAUAAACAUUAAGUACUUUACUCAUUAAGCUC